CAAUUUGGGUGAUUUGACAUUCUUGAUUACCGUCCCUUACCUGCGGUCAACAGACAAAUUGGAUUUCAGUAUUUGAUAUUCUAAUACCAUAUUUUUGAUAAUUAUCAUCAUCUCUCUGUUCCAGCUCUCAACAAUCUUCACCUCUAUAAUCUCUCUUGAUCAUGUCUGUCCCAGCCACUGUCAAGGACGUAUCUGAAAACCCUAGUGCAAAAGCUGUCACAAAUCCCACUGACAAAGUGUUCAAAUCCAAAGAUGAAGAAAGAAAAAUGCGGUUCUAUGGGAUCAUUGAAGCCUUUCGCGCUGGGAAAUAUCCAUCAAACGCCCAAAUCGAUGAGACCCUCACUUAUGCUACUACUCACUCGCCUGUAGAUGAAUCAAAGCUAAGCUCAGAUGGCCGACAACUUAUUCAAGAUUUUCGUGAUAUUAUCGAAACCGCUCGAGUAAUGGUUCAGAAGAAGAAUGCUGAUGAACUAAUGCAAAACUUUCUUUAUCAUACAAGACACGUCGAUGGUGAAAGUCAUAUUCAAAAGUUGAAAGACGCGUCAAACUCGGCUCCCAACAAAGAGGAAGCGAAAAAUGAUGGCCAAGCUGCUGCUGAGCACCUACGCACUCUUGCUAAAUUGAUUUAUACUUCUUCUGAAACUCGAAAGCUAUUGAAAGACAUUGGUAUCUUGGCGCGAGACGUGGUAGCAGAUGCUGCUGUCAAAGUUGCGGAAAAUACAAGACCUGGCGAAGAAGAGCUCCGUCAGGUUGAUGAGGCUGCCCCUGCAGAUGAAUGGGUUGGACCCGAUGGUAGUAAGCGAUCUCGCCAUGACAAGGCUCCAUCAACUGGCCUGAGUGAAAAAGCGGAGGAAGCAAAACGCGUUGCUUCCAAAGCUCAAGAUGAGACCUCCAAAGUGGCCUCCAAAGCGAACUCCGAGGUCGAAGACGUGUCCUCAACAGCACAAUCGCAUGCGAAAGAUGCCUCUUCGCAAGUCCAAGAUACGGCCGAUGGUACUAGUGGAAGCAAUAAUCGUGAACAAGCUUCUGCGACUGCCAACGAGGGAAAGAAAAUUCCCGAAGAACAUAAAGAAAAAGCUCGAAAAGCGAAAGAGGACACGAAAGAGUAUAUACAAGAUAAGUUUCCAAAGGAACGACGGGAUAGAUUCAUCUACCGGUUGAAGAAAGUCAUUGUCGAACAACAAAGACAUCGCGAUUACCAAGAAGCAAUUGACUUUUUUCUUGGCAUGGCUGAAUCCUAUCAAGGUCAUGCCAAGGGUGUCACCUCGAGUGCAGCCAACAAGGGUGGAGACGUCCUACAUGAUCCCGCCUUCAAACAAGCUCAGAAAGAACUGCGUACUCUACUCGAAAGAUUUGCCAACGGUGCAUCUUUACAGCCUGUAUUUGAUGCCAUCAACCAGAUCUACGUUGAUGCUCAAAACGACCCGGAGUUGAAAGCUUGGUUUCAAACUGUGGACAAGUAUAUUCGGAGAGUUUUGCAAGAACCUGGCUAUGUCAUGAAAGACUCCUGUGAUCAGACGGGUAGAGAGAUAAAUGAGUCAGGAAAGAAGUUCUGGGAACAUAAAUAUGCUCACCAUUGGCAAACCCUCUUUGAUGAAAUCGAAAGCUUCUUCACGCAAUAUGCAGAGGACCCGCUAAAUACUCGAUUUGGAGCAUGCUGGAAGAAACUCACAAAGGAUCUAUUCUUGAAUUCCGAAGGCAGUUUGACCUUGAAGACUCAUCUCUGGGAGGAUAUUACAUCUGUGAUUCUCCCGAGUCUUUUGAAACAUAUCGGUUACAUUCCAAUUCCCCGGAUCGAAUACACUGAUCAACAGUUGGAUCUUGUAAUUGAAAACUUGACGUUGGAAGGCCAGAACCUUUUACCAAACACAGUUGAACUAGAGAUGCGGAAUUACUUCAAGCUUUCGGCAUAUGAGAAGAUCGCGAACGCAAACAAACAUUCGUUCUGGAUCAGCUUCAGUCAAAUUCAGGCCGAUCUUAGAGACGUCGCGUUUUACGUCCACAAGAAGAGUGGAUUUCCCAAAAUCAAAGACUCGGGCUUGGCGGAUGUUGUAAUCUCAGGGAACGGAGUGUCAGGAAAGGUGCACAUCGAAAGCUCAACAGCUAAGGACCGCGUCUUCACUGUUAAAGAAGUGAAGGUAAAGGUAGACAAGCUAUCUUUUGGUAUCAGAGAUACUAAACACAACUUCUUGUAUUCAACCUUGAGGCCUCUGGCCCAAUCUCUAGUGAAAAAGCAAAUUGCCAAGGCAAUUGAGGAUGGAAUUAGAAGUGGGCUUGGACAGUUAGAUGCUCAAUUUGUCGAUAUCAAAGAGCGACUAGAUGACGCUGAAGGGGAUGAUCAGAUCACCAAGAUGGAUGUCAUCAAGGAUACGUUCACUUCGAAAAAAGACGAUGCUUCCGCUCAGAUUAAUGACAAGAAAGAGAAGACAGGUACCUUUAAGCUGGUAGGGAAGCGCGAGAGCAAGAUAAUUGAUUGGGCGUCAAAGAAUUCGUUGGUAGAGAAGCAAGGUGCUAAGAUGGACGCCAUCGCCACUCAAGAUGGCCAGCCAGGUGUAGACGGAUGGAAAACGGAUGCGUUUACGAUCAUCAACGCAAACUAAGGUUGAUUGACGCUCACAGAAGUUCUAGCGUCACCAAUGCAUACAUUCCAUCUCAUGCUCAAGUUCAUUAAUAAUUGGCCCUUGGAUAACUAAUAAUGUUGUAAUGUCAUCAGUUUUAAUUUGUUCUGACCAUUUAGCAGAAAUGAAGAAGCAUCUAGUCACAAAGACCGAGUUCAUUGUAGCUCAAUCAUCUGAAGUCUAGGAUUUAAGGAAAGAUAAAGACUCGGUUUUUAUUCAUUUUAUUCUAUCUACUACCACAGUUCAAUCAAAUUUGAGUUUUAUCAGAUUUGAACACUAAAUUUUUGUAGAUUAAUACUUAUGGAUAGUUUUCAAUUAAUAAAGAGUGAUUUCAUGUUUUGAAGUAUGGCAGUAUGCUCUCAUAUCUUGUCAUACAUAAUUAGCUGAACUCCCUUGUGGAGGUCUGUUUUUUGGCAAUCAAACCCUCAUGUCUUUCUUUAUCCCACUUAUUUCUCUCUGGUAUGGGGAGGUCAGUGAAAUGUCUGAUAAACUCAAUGUGUUGGGGUCAAGGGAAGUAGUUGUCCAAAACCAUUGAUGAAAGUGGUCU